CAUAUUUUGUGCUGACGCUCCCAUCGAUGACGUGGCAGUUCGUAGGACGACCUCGUCGUGCUCCACAAGCCACUUCGAGCGUUCUGUCCAAAAAGUAUGUUGCAUCUAAAUCCACUCACUUUUUCUAUAGAGAAGCCGCCGAACAGCGCCGACUUAGCACACAAAUCCGGGUGUUUUUAUCCUUGCCCAUCGUCCAGACCUCAUUGGCUGCUUUCUCGUCCUUCCCAGUCAGUCCUCGUCGGCGGAUUCCAUAUUUUCGCACCGCCGGUAUGCUUCAUGCGGUCGAGCCGGUCGCGCCGCCCAAGUGGCAUGAGGAGCUCCGGUCUGCGCUCAAGAUGCCCGAGCUCCUUGAGCAGCUCACGUGCGACAAGUUUGGCAUCACGCGCAGCGCGUCGUUGACGCAGUUUGGCUACAUUGACCUUGGCACUGCGACGACGUCCGCCAAGUCGAUCGUGCGUGGUUGCGACGUGGUGGAGUACCUCACGCUCUGCAACACGGGCGAGUUUCCGAUUUCGCUUGCGUCCGCCCGGGUUCUGGACCACGCCGACAUCUUCAACGUUGCGCUUUCAACGCCCAUCUCGCUCUCGGGCGCGCCGCUUCGGCUGCGGAUUGGCUUGCACCACAACAACGAGCGCAAGCUCCCGACGUCGGCGCCGAUCGAGACGUACCUCGUGCUCAUCUUUCAGUUCCCGGGCGUCGGCAACCUCGUGCAAUUCACGACCCACUCGUUUGUCCUGCUCCACCCGCUGCGGCUUGUGCCGGCGCGGGUCGGCGACGUCGAGUCGUCCCUGGACGCCGAAGCCAGCGCCUUUGUGCCGCUUGGGUGGCGCCAGGCGUUCAGUUCGUCUCCUGCCGUCGUUGCGUCGCUGCCCGAGACGGCGUGGCCGUUGACGUCAGCGCUCUCGAAGCUCGUGAAGUCCAUUGAGCUCGACUACGCUGCUACGCCGUCCGUGCCGGCGAUGGUGCUCCGCACCGUCGAGAUGAUGCAACCUGCCAUGUUGCAGCAGCUGGAUCCGUACGUGUUCAAGCAGCAUACUUGCAUCCAACUCGAAGAGAUGCAAAUGCACCACGACGCCACCGUCUACGAUCUCCAUGACGUUCGGCUCCGCGUACCCAAGGCGCACCGCCACCACCGCAGUGACGCGAUGGUUGUCACCCUCGACGUGCCUGGCAUCCGCGAAGCCAGACCUCUCGUCGGACUUCGUGACGUAGUGCGGCUGCGACCCCACCACGCUGGCUUCGCCCACCUAGAGAUCGUCGGCGUCGUCGCGGAGCUGCGCACCUCGAUCGUGACGCUCGUCGUGCCAACGAUUAGCAGCGAUGGGGCGCACUUGGACCUCGUGUACCAGCUGAGCCCCUUCCACGUGCGCUUCAUGUACCAGCGCUUGGGGUUCCAGAUGGUCUACUACGCUCUGGGUAAACUCUCGACCGAGGCGUUUGCGCUGCUGCACCCGUCGUCGCCACAGUCGCUCGACCACGCGGCCAAUCCCAAGCUCGAGAUGCACAACCCGACGCUCAACGAGCACCAAACGAGCGCCGUCACCCGCAUCGUCGCGCGCGCAAGUGGUGCCGCGCCCUACAUCAUCUUUGGUCCACCAGGCACGGGCAAGACGGUCACGGUCAUUGAGACGAUCUUGCAACUGCUGGCGACGUCCCCCAGCGCGCGGGUGCUGGCCGUUGCGCCCUCGGACGCCGCCGCAGACGUUCUCGCCACGCGCCUGCGCCUGCACUUGGGCGCAAAAGCCCUCUUCCGACUCAACUGGCAUUUCCGCAGCAUGGCGUCAGUGCCGGCCGAGCUCUUGGGCGUCUGCUUUACAGAGGGCGGCGACAUUUUCUCGCUGCCGCCGCUUACGACGCUCGCAGCGUUCCGCGUCGUGGUGACGACAACCUGUGCUUCGGGCGUGCUCUCGAUCGCGGGGCUGGCACCAGGUCACUUUCGCGACAUCAUCAUUGACGAAGCGUGCCAGGCCACCGAAGCCGAGACACUGGUGCCGCUGCUCCUGUACGCGCCCGGUGUCCACGUCACUCUUGUCGGCGACCCGCGGCAGUUGGGGCCGCAACCGAGGUCACCGGCGGCGAUUUCGAGUGGCUUUGCCACGUCCUGGCUCGAGCGGCUCGUGAACGACCCGACCAACGUCUACAACUGGAACGCGCAGAGAGGCAAGUUCAUUACGAUGCUGCAGCACAACUACAGAUCCCACCCGGCGCUCCUGGAGCUGCCGUCGCGCCUCUUUUACCGCGGCGCACUCGUCGCCUCGGGCAACAUUGCCAAAACGCAUGCGCUCACCCAGUGGGACGGGCUCGGCGGUCGCGGCCACUUUCCGAUGGUGUGGCACUCGGUGCAUGGAACGCAGCACAAGGAGCUCGACGCGCACUCGUACACCAACCUGGACGAAGCCUUCAAGAUUGUCCAACUCGUCGAAUCGCUCGUCACGUCGACGUCGGUGUCGGUGACGACGGCCGACAUUGCAGUCGUGACGCCGUUUCGCCGGCAGGUCGUCAAGAUCCGUCACAUGCUCCGCAACCGCGACUUCGGCGGCGUGAACGUCGGCACGGUGUACAACCUCCAGGGCCAAGAGGCCAAGAUCGUGCUCGUGUCGCUCGUGCGCACGCCGAGCCGUCGGAACGCGACCAGAAUCCCGAUCCUGAGCGACGCCAAGCUCUUCAACGUGGCUGUGACACGGGCCAAGGCGCUGCUGCUCAUCGUCGGUCACCCAGGUCUCCUCUCGCAACAACCGUUCUGGGGUGAAUUGCUGGACCAUUGCGUCAAGCAAGGCGGCUUCCGCGCCUCGCCCGUCGGCGACGAAGUCGGCCAUCAGUCCGACCGCGAAGACGACGUUGUCGAGCACUACGACGAUGGCAAAGCAUGCAACGCAGCGGUCGAUGGGCCCGACUGGCGCGUCUUUCUCUAGUUGGUGCCAACCGUGUCCUUUCGUACGAUUUUUCUCGCUUUUUUCGUAUGAAUUCGAUAAUCACAUUGCGUUGGCGCUGGCGGUAAUGGCCAGGGCGGACUGGAGAAAUCUUUUCAAAAGACGGUCCUCAGAGUUUGCUAGCACCUGCUGCUGACUAGCAAGUCCAUUCUACAAAACCCGUACACGGCCGCUGGGGAUUCGGGACCUCAGACAGCUACAACGCCGUCGCCGGCAAUGCGGUGCGCUAUGGAG